AUUAUUUUUCAUAACCUAAACAUCAAAACAAAUUACGUUUUUAUUAGUCUCUAGAUUUUAAUAACGAAAUGGCUUUGUUUCCUGCUUACGCUGCUGCAAAUUUAACGGAAGUGACAAAGACUGAAGCAGAGAAUGUUUUGGAAAAUAUGAAAUUAAGUUUUAGUACAAGUUCAAAUGUACCAGAAACCACAAAUGUUGAAGAGAGGAGCACAAAAAGUAAAAAAAAGCAUAAGCUUAAAAAAUAUAAACAUAAGGAAAAAUCUAAAAGUAAUAAGCAAAAGGACUGCACAGAGAGUCUUGCGAAGAACAAUCCAGAUGCAGAUGAUGGUUUUUACGAGGAUAGAAGUAGAGUUUUAGAGUUUUUCAAUGUUAAAAGAAUUGCGAGACCUUCAGCUCCAAAAUACAAAUUAAAGGGCACAAUUGGAUCUGUACCUUACAACAAGAAAAUGAAGACAUUUAAGAGGUACUAUCACUAUAUAUUGGAACGAAAUGUGUAUGGAAGUGAUAGCGAAGAAGAUAUUGAAAAGAAAGAUGACAGGUUUAUGAAUAAAAAGGAUGAAGUUGCAUCUCCAAAUAUGCAAUCUGUACAAGAGGAAGAAGAAAUGAAGAAGUUAACAGAAUUUUAUAAUAGAUCCUUGGAUGAGGAACCAAACAAUGUGAGUAUUUGGUUAAAGUACUGUGAUUUUCAGAAUACAGUCUUUCAAUUUGAAAAGAAUUUUAAAAAGGGAAGUAUUGCUAAGGGACUUAGAGUGACAGCAGAGAGACAGUUGAGUAUACUAGAUAAAGCUCUGCAAUUGAAUCCAAACAAUGAGGAAUUGUUGAGAAGGAGACUGGAUAUUGCGGUUGGUGUUUACCCUUCAGAUGAGCUGCAGUCAUAUAUGGAGAACUUGGUGGAGAAAGAGCAGUCAAACAUAAUAUUGUGGCAGGGCUAUAUUGAGGCCACACAAUGCUCUAUGUCCCAUUGCACCACUCCAGCUGUAUUGAAUAAGUAUAUCAAGUGUUUGCAAACUCUUCAUAUUCUUAGAAGGAAUGCAAAGCUAGAUAAAGCAAUCCUUGAGGAAAAUAUACUAAGGAUUCUGUUUCAAUGUGGUUUGUUUCUCAAGCAGUCUGGACUUUUUGAACAGCUAUGGACUUUGCUACGUCUUUAUUUGGAACUGAAUUUAUCCGCAAACUUCGAUAUACAUUCAACGUUUAAAGAGAACCAACUACUUGAGUUGGAGGAACUCGUGCUGACAUCACAGUUACCCAUCCAUGAGUUAUGGUUGCGUAUUGAGAAACUGCGCGAGGCUUCGCAUUGGGUUCCGCUACGAGAGGAAUGCGAAGAUCCUCAAAGAAUAGUCUUCCCCGAAGAUGUUUCCGAACUUAUACACCCGAUUACCAUGCCAGGUAACACUCUGAAGUUAACAGUAACGAUUUUAACGCUGCUUAAGAUCCCUUUGCUUCCUGGUCGACAUACUGCUAUGAAGAAAUUCGGAAUUGAUUACGUCCCUUGGUCUUUGGACUCGAUCGAAUCUCUUUUGGGGGUUUACCUUCCCAUGUAUCCGAUCAAUUUGAAAAACGAACUGUUGUCCAGUUUGGACCGUUUAUCGGUAGGCCCUCAAUUUUUGAGGACAUUCCCUGGGCAAGAGGAAUACUUACAAUUUGUGCAGAAAGUAGUGAAUCUUUGCAUUGAUAACUUGGAAUCUGGCGAGAAAAAUGCAGUAUGUAUUUGGUGGAUGCGGUUCAUUAGAGUAUUAAUGGUAAUUGAGAAGCGAAAAAUCCUUGUGCUAUCUGAUGCUUUCAAGAAACAGCUUAAAGCCGACAUGAAAAAUCUUUUGAAGGCGAAUUCUACAAAUACGAUCCUUUUUCAAGAAUAUGCAUUGGUUGAGUUUGCACAAGGCAAUUUUCAAGCUGCGGAGAAAGUACUGAAAACUGCUUUGAGCAUGUGCAGAGACGAGAAUACGAUUUGUUCCAUAGUUCGAAGUUUAAUCGAAAUAAGCUUGAGUAAUAACUGCGAAACGGCAUCGAUAAUGGAGUAUUUCUCGAGCUUGAUUAGUGGAUCGUCCGAGGUGAUCAAGGCUGAGUUCCAGGAGCGGAAGGUCGAGGCUCCGGAUAAUUACACGAAUUCAUCGCAUCAAUUUCUACCGGAUUACUAUGUAGAUUGGACGAUUUGCCACGCGUGGUUUGUGUAUUUUACAGAAUCCACAGCCGCAUGUCUGAAGGUUGUGGAGGAGGCGAUGAUUGGAGAGAGCGAUUGGCGUAGGGAGAUACUGCAGGAGUUCUUCGUUGCUGUGCUCUACAAGGAUUGUACCGAAAAACCGGGAAGUAAUUUCUUUCCUGCAUUGGAUAAGGCCGUUAUCAAAGGCAUAGAGGAGUUUCCUAAUAACCUUUUCUUUUUGAACGUCUUGGCUGAAGUGCAGCAGCUUCACAUGUGCAGCGGACAACCCUGGUGGAAGAUUAGGACCGCUCUUAUGAAGACUGGUCACUCUUUACCAAGUUUGUUUUUGAUUUUGAUCACGCAGCAGCGGAUUGAUAGCGUUACAGAAGGAUGGGUAGAUACCAUCACUGGUCAAAUAGUGACACAGGAUAACGGUCAAAAGAAUCGACUUUUAGCUUUGUUCAAAGAGCUGACCAAGAGCGACAUGUGCACGAGGCGGUGCGGUUUAGUCUGGCGACUUUACUUGCAAUUUCUUUACUCUAAUUAUGAAUCCAAGAUCUGCAGAGACGCCUACUAUUUAGCCGUGGAGGAAUGUCCUUGGCUUAAGGCGCUGUACAUCGACGCCGCAAUUUACAUUCCCGAAGAACUGUCGCAGAUCCAGGAUCUCAUAAUAGAAAAGCAGCUCAGGAUCCACGUGACGCCAGAGGAAUUGGAAGUGCUGCGGAAAUAGCAAUAAAAUAACACUGUCUAAUAACUAUAAGUUGUGAUAAUAAUUGUUAAGUAAUAAAAUGUAAUUGUCGUUGUCGGCGAAUUUUCGCGUUUCGGGAUAAUAAUGGAAUUAUUGCCUGCAGGAAGCGGAAGCGUGCAAUUUGCCUUUUGCGGCCCGACUUGCAAUUACUACGUACACACUUCUUUUCUUCUAUGUAAUUCAAUUUCUGCUUGUUUUUUUUGUGUGUGUAUCGCUGUUUCUCCUCUCGCCCGAUUCCCAUGUACUUUUUUCAUUCCAUCUUGGCCCGGCCAAGGUAAUUGAAGACACGAUUAUACUUGCGAGCUGCCAUUAGGUGCUAACGAUUCAUAUAUAAUAUAUAUCGUACAUAAAAUCGGAUACGUGCGAGUUUUU